AUGUUGGAAAAGAGCAAACACGGUGAUAACACUAAUGUGGAUAUGUUGGUAGGUGAUAUUUAUGGAUCAGAUUAUGGUAAAAUUGGAUUAAAGUCCUCAACAAUUGCUUCAUCCAUGGGUAAAGUUUUUAAAAAGAAUAUAAGGCAAGAAGUUGGCAACUUUCGUAAUGAAGAUAUUUCAAAAUCAUUGUUGUAUAUGAUUAGUAACAACAUUGGACAAAUAGCAUAUUUAAAUGCUCAAGUCCACGGAUUAAAGAAAAUUUAUUUUGGUGGUUGUUUCAUUAGAGGACAACUCACCACAAUGAAUACAUUAUCAUAUGCUAUAAAUUUUUGGUCAAAGGGCACAAUGAAAGCUCUCUUCCUUCGUCAUGAGGGAUAUUUGGGUUCUGUUGGUGCUUUUCUUAAACAUAAUAAAACCAGCCAGCGAACUUGUUCUUUUUCAGAAAUUCCCUCAUUCACUCAACCAAUUGUUACAGAAGAAUCUAUUAAAUCUUUUUAG